UACAAGUAGAAAACCUGUAUAUGCGUAUAUAAUUAAGUUUUUUGGUUUUUACUUUUACUCAGCCAAAUCGGGACGAAGGCAUGUGGUCGAACAGCGCUCCAGACACUGUGAAAUGGAAGGAUUUAAUGUCCACGCUCAUACUGGAUCGAUUAGAAGCGUCGUUCGACAAUUGGGACGAUGAAUUGCCACAAAAGCCGGCCCAAAUGACACAAAAUACAAAAACCGAUUGUGAUAUACGUCCGCAGUGCACCACUGUCGGAGGAGAAUCGUCUAGGAUGGAAUAUUUUGAUUCAGCGAGCUGUGAUGACAAUCUCGGUCACCUGCACACGAAUACCGACCGUGACUCAAUCGCGUGCACGUCGGUGUUCUACGAUUGCUCUACAGACGGAUUUCUUGAUGGAAACAACAAUUGUUGCAGAUGCAGUACGAAACCUCAAUAUUCUCUCAGUUCUUUAUCCAACAAUCUAUCUAGAGAAUCUGUCUCAGAGAAAAUAAAAAAAAAUGAAAUCGAAAACAUAAAACAACAAGUUGAGAUUUAUAGAAAACGGUUAGAGUGCAUGUUGAAAAUGAAUUAUCAACUGCAAUUUGAACUUCAAAAAUCUAUUCGAAAAAAUUUAUUGAUGGAACAACAUAUUACUUGGCCAUAUGCUGUAAAUAAUGGAAAGGUUGAGUUUCCUGGCAAAAAUGAUUUGGACCAACGGUUCGAUUGUUUGUUCAAAGAGUUGGAAAAAGUACGAAACGACCUGAAACCUAUUCAAAACGACAACUAUAUUGUCAGUAAAUUGGAAAAAAUAUUACACAUACCAUUACCGGGGUGUUUAAACACUUGUAAUAAAUAUAUGAAUAAAAAAUAGAUGCCAUUGUGUGAUAUUUGAA